AUGUCGACAGAAGUUUGCUCAGAGGAGAAUGAAGGUAAAAGAAACGCCAGAAGUAAGAGAGUUUUGUCGGAAGAAGAAAAGCUCUUGAGGCGUGAAAAAGAAAGGCAAAGACGAAGGAAUCUCACCGAAGAAAAGCGACAAAAUGAACGUCAAAGAAAAAGUAAUUCGAGGCAAAACUUCACGGAUGAACAAAGACAAAAUGAACGUCAAAGAAAAAGUAAUUCGAGGCAAAACUUCACGGAUGAACAAAGACAAAAUGAACGUGAAAAGAUACUGAAAUUGAGACAAAACUUCAGUGUAACACAGAAAGAAAAUGAUAAGUUAAGAAAGAGACGUGCAAGACAAAAUUCUACGAAGGAAUACCUCGAAAUGGAUAUCAUUACGCAUAAAAGCUCAAAGAUAUCGGGAGAUCCAAAGAUAGGCCGUCUAUUCUCAGAUCAUGCAGCCGUUUUCUGCUCGUUGAAUUCCGUGAAGCCCCCGCCAAGUGUCGUGUCUCGCACAUUCCGAAGGUUAAAGUAUGUUGAUGUGGCCGCUAUUAGUGAUGACAUCGCGGUUUCUCCCCUACUAAACAGCACCGGCCUGGAUACUUUGGAUAAACUAGUGGACUGUUACAAUACGACAGUAUCGUCUCUGGUUGAUGUUCAUGCCCCCUUACAAUCCAAGAAAACUGUCAACAGACCUCGGGUUCCAUGGAUGAACGGUGACAUUAAAACAGCAAUAUAG